AUGAUCAGCUUUCUGCGCGGUCACGAGGUUCAGGAGGCGGCGGCUAUGGCACUAACGACCCUCUGCCGUGCCAACCGAGUGAUCUCCGACACGGUGCUGGCGGCGACACACCCCCAGCAGGCCGCCCCUGUGCCCCACGCCUUUAGGCUGCUCGCCCACCAAAACGCGCGCCUGGCCCUUGCCGCUGCCGAGCUGCUCCAUGCCCUCGCGGCAUCGGCUCCCUCAGAGGUGCUCGAACAGCUGCUACAGCCUAGCAACAUCGGCCUCUCCGGCCUCGUCGCGUCAAUGCGGUUUUGGAGCCUUCAAUCCUGCUCCGCGGGAGCGCCAGCCGGCUGUGUCAAGCUGCUGCAGGUGCUUCUGCUGAUGCUCCACAGUUUAGUGGUCCCAGCAGACGGCUGCUCCAAGAUGCCUGCGGGCUUAGCCAAGGCAUUGCUCAAGGUGCAGGUGAUGGUGUUGCUGCUGGAGUUUGUUCAGGCGCACAGGGGACGGGGGGCCCCGGCCAUAAGGGCGGACGCUGGUGGGGGCAGCGCCGUCAGCGGGCACGCCGCUGUGGUGAAGGAGGCCUUGGGUCUGUUGACGACCAUUCUGUCACAAGGUCCGACCAUCCGACGCAAGUUCAAGGAAGCUGAGGGCGUUCAGCGGGUGCUGGCAGUGCUUCGAGAGUUCGGUCUUCCCUGGUCUGUGAAACUGCAGGCGGUGGCAGCGCUGGCGGCCGCAGCCCCCGCUCCCCAUGUUGCUGACCAGAUUGGGGAGCACGGCCUGGACUUGGUGGCCGGUCUCCUGCAACACGUCGUGUCGAGUGGUUUGCAAGAGCCCGGAGCGGAACAGUUGCUGGAUUUGAUGAAAGUCGUGAUGGUGGGUGCAAGGACAACUGGAAGCUGGCUGACGGACCACCAGGCGAUCCCGGCCUUUCAGGCGGUGCUAGGGGCCCUCGGCUGGGUCGCGAGCACGGAGGCGGUGCUAAGUCGCCAGGAGGCGGCGAUGUCAGCAGUACAAGUGCUCUUUCAACUCUCCUGCCACUGGCCUGCUGAAAUUGCUGCCAUUCCCCCCGGGCAAGAGGCGAGCGUUACCACGCUGCUCUUCCACUUCAUCGCCCCGGCAGCGGCUUUGCACAUCACGGACAUCGCUAACUCGGCCCCCGACGCCCGUCUGAUGCACAUUGCCUUGUGCGCGCUUGGAGUGAUGGGCAAGAACACGGUGCUAAACAGAUGGACUUGGAGCUUCGACCAGGUGUCCCAGAUGAUUAAUUUGCUCAGAAUUUCGGCCCCAGCUGUGCUGAAGGCUGUGUGCGUGCCGAAUAAGACAAAGGAGGAGGAGGCGCAUACGGAGACCGCGAAAGCGGCGGCAGACGAGGAUGCUAACGACAAGGACGAGGACGACGAGGGCAGUAUGCAGCUCCCGCAGUUAGCAGGUCAUGCUUACCUGGCCGACGAGCGUGUAGCGGCUGAUUUUCGGGCCGCGAUGCCCGCGGUGCUCCAGCUUAUUGCCAAGAUGAUUAGCUAUUCGGUGCCGGAGUGCCGAAACCAUUUGUUGCAGCUGGGAAUGGUCAAUGCUGUCAAAAGGUUCACUAAUUGGGUUGAGGUAAAGAGCCACGUUGAGUCGGUGUUGCUGCUUCUGGGGCAGCGGUUUGGUCCAUACAGGCCCUGUACGGACUACACCGCUGAGGAGCUGAGGGAGCUCCUGGCCAGUCAGGGGGUGGCGUCGGAGUCCCUCGUGGCGCAAGGAGGCUUUGACUCGCACAUGCUCCUGGUCCUCGGGACAGAGAGCUCCAAGAGGAACUUUCCAGAAAUGCUCGAGCUGAUCGAGUGCAAGCUGAAGGGGCUCAAUACGAGCCACGCCGAGAAGGUCAAGCUCAUCCGGACUUGCGACGCGUACAAAUUGUUUGGGGAGAUCGACCUGAUGGAUCGAAAGCUCGAUGGCUGCAUCACCGGGGAGGACCUGAAGAAGUACCUGGGGUGCAAGGGAAUCUCUGCUCCUGAAGCGCAGCAGGACCUGCUGCAGCUGAUCUUUCCAGAGCAACAGGUCCAACCCAACCAGCCCGUGAACUUCAUGCACUUUGUCAGGGUGUAUCCGACUCUGCACAGCAAACUCAUCACGUACGGCGUUUCCACCAAGGCAAAUAACUUUGAGCAACCUGCGCCUUCACCGACUUGCGGUACUGGUGCCGCUCCACCGUCCGCCGGCGCGGAUUCAGCCGCCGCCGCCGCCGCCGUCGGCGGUGCCAAUGCGGGGCCUGCCGCUGACGAGCCGUCCAUACCGCACUGGCCACCCAAGCGGGCCCGGGACAUCCACACCCCGGCGAUGCCGGCGGCCAAGCACGGCAGCCCUAUCGGCAUGAUGACCCAACUGGCCGUUAGAGGCGGCCCUCAUCUGGGAGCAAUCCACAACUCUCAAGACGCGUGUGACGCGACGGGUAUUUUCUAUUUGGGUCAGGUUAUGUUAAUGAAAUGUGCCCUAAGGGGCUUCGGGCCAAGACCUCACCGAGACGUGGCUUUUUGA